UAAUUGUAAAAAUAUUUUAAGGUUAAUUGCCAUAGUAAUCUUUUAACUUUAACAACAAAGGAAUAUAAUACAUGGAAUCUGGAAAGAAGGUAUUUGUAACCAUAGGGACGACCAAGUUUCCUAAAUUAAUAAAUUCAUUAACACAGAAGGUAGUGGUCAAGACUCUGAUUGAGUUGGGCUAUGAUUUUGUUCAAGUUCAAACAGGAAAAUAUUUUCCUGGUCCAAAAAUCGAUUCAGAAUUGGAUAAAACUGUUAUUAAUGAUUCCACUAUUGUAAUUAAUUCCAGGAUCACGUUUAAAUAUGAUACAUAUUUCAUUGAUUUUGAUAGUCAAAUUGCAAAGGCGGAUUUAAUUAUAAGUCAUGCUGGUGCAGGCACUUGUUUGGAGGUUUUGAAGAGGCGGAAGCCUCUGAUUGUGGUGGUAAAUGAGGAUUUAAUGAAUAACCAUCAAACGGAACUUGCAAAUCAACUGCAAAAUGAUGGAUACCUUUAUUACUGUACAUGUGAAACUUUAGCUCAAACAUUAAAAAAGGACUUGAAUAAAUUAAUCCAUUAUCCAGAGACUGAUAAAUAUUUGUUUGCAAAAUAUUUAGAUAAAUGUGUGGGAUUUAUUGAAUAAAUAUGUUUCAUGCAAUAUGUUGCAUUAAAAUUCCAUAAAAAUGUUUUAUUAUUUAUUAACAGCAUUAUUACAUUAAUCAUU